AUGUUGGUCAAAUUUAUGGUUUUAGCCAUUUUCCUGGCUUCUGUUGAAGGUAAGAUUACUGUAUAAUAUUUUAAACUAUAUGUAGGAUAGCCCUAGGUUUUUGUUUUAAUAGGGUAGAGUAGUGUACGGUAAGGUAGGAUAGAGUAAGGUAUACUGUAAUUCAAAAAGUUAUGAAAUUCUAUAUAUUUUAGCUACUAGACCAAACCAUUCGUGCUUCAAUCGAGUAAGCCAAACCUGGACUGACUGUGAUUCAUGGAAUGAUGAGCCUGCUCCAACAACGACAGGUAGGGUAGGGUAAGGUAGGAUAGGGUAGGGUAGGGUAGGGUAGGGUAGGGUAGGGUAGAAACUCUAUUCUUUUAUCCAGUUCAAAUAAGAAUGAGCUUAAAAGCCCAUCUUUAAAAAUUUUGGCUCAUUCAUUUUUGGACAGUUUGAUAUUUUAGCUCAGCCUAUCCCCUUAUGUUGGAAUGAACUUCGUGAUAACUGGGUCGACUGUGAUUUCUGGGACAAAGAGCCUACUACAACAUCGACAAGUGCCCCAAUCUUUGCUUCGGCCAGAACGACUAAACAAAUCUUUGUCGAUGAUUGUGGCAGAUCUGUGUUUGGCAAGGACAAUCCACCAUGUGAGAAGAAGGCUGGUGGUGGUAAGGUUAUAUCGUUAUAAAUUGUAAUGUUAAGGCUAGGGCUAGGUUUAUAGCUCAGUAAUUUACUGAAUAUAAACCUUUACUUUACUGUAAAAUAUGUUUUAAAUUUAGAAAACAACUUGAAAUCUCCUCAAGCAAAAGCUGAUCAAUCAAAAACUCUUGAUCUAGUCAAUGACGAUGAAUUUGUCUACGACGAUGCUGCUUCUGCAACCCAUUACGGCGCGCUGAUUGGCUUGGGAUUGGCUGCUUUUAUUUUCAAUUUGUAA